AUGACCACAGUGCAUGGUUCCAAUAAUAACCUGCAUGACAUCAAUCCUUUCGCUGAAAGCUCGACUGACGAGCAUGCUGCCCUGAACACUUCCUUCGAAUCCGACCCCAGAUCAAGUGGUUCCUAUCCUUGUCAAUAUGAAAUGAGCAGACAAGCCGAGCUGGCCUCUGCAAAUUCAGGCUCAGACAACAACGAUAUCUUCCAUAAAGUGAAAAACUUUCUUCGAAAAGACAAGGCACCAAUUUCCGAUGAUGACGGUGUGUCGGGUUGGCCCCACCAUGGCACACCCUGCAAUCCGAUGUCCAUGUUCAGACAACAGGCACGACAGAUUCUCAGCCCCAGGAUCAUCUUCUCCGGUGCAUUCGCCGCAUCGGCAAUCAUUAUUUCUGAAACCAAAAGCCCGGCGCUUGUAAUAUUCAUCUGGAACCUCCUUGCUAUUGUGCCGCUGUCGAUCACGCUCACAGAAGCCACUGAGAGGAUCUCCAAGGAUUUGGGUGAGACCGCUGGCGCUCUCCUCAACAUCACCAUAGGGAAUCUAGCGGAGCUGAUCAUUUUCACUGCUUUGUUAAAAAACAACAUCAAAGUAGUCCAAUCAUCACUUCUCGGCUCUAUCCUGGUGAACCUCCUGCUUGUUCUUGGGUCUGCAAUUAUAGCAGGCUGUAUCUCUAAGAGUGAUGUGACAUAUAACACGGACCUUACACACUCAUUUGUGGGACUUCUCAAUCUCACAAUAUCCUGCCUUAUGAUUCCAAGCGCGUUCUAUGGCAGUGUGAAAAGCGUUUCUUCUGCUGAUCAUAUGUCAUUAUCCUUCAGCAGGGGGGUAUCGAUCAUCCUCCUCGGCACAUACUUCUUAUACCUUUUCUUCCAGUUCAAAUCACACGCUCACUUGUUCCUCUCCACGCGGCUUCAGACACCACUUCCAACCGAUGAUCACGAAUAUACAGACCUCGAAUCGCAUCCCACCGAUCUCGCAAGCGCAACAAGCAGGGCUCUUCCUCAUCUAGAGAUGCAAGAGGUUCGAUCACGGUCAUGUUCAGUCGACGCACAGACGGCAUCGGCAAUGCCACUGUUCCAUGACGGUCCAUCCGAAGGAAGAACGAGCCUCAACAGACAAACGGAUCCUAUUGGAGACUCUCUGGGAUGUUCCUGUGAUCGCUAUAUCAGAACAUCCAACCGCAUGAUAUCUGUAUCCCUCCUCGCCUUGUCAACAAUCCUCAUCGCUAUCUGCGCAGAAUUCUUCGCCUCAAGCUUCUCAAUCCUCAAUGAACAGGGCGUUCUAGGCGAAUCAUUUGUCGGCUUGAUCGUCAUACCCAUCGCCGGAAAUGUUGCCGAAAAUGUGACUGCGGUUGUUGUGGCCUCGAAAAACCAAAUGGAUCUUGCCAUCAGUGUUGCUCUUGGAUCAGCCAUUCAAAUUGGUCUCUUGGUGUCACCUGCAAUGGUUCUUAUUGGCUGGGCUCUCGACAAGCCCAUGACUUUGCACUUUGACAAGUUCGAGAUGGUCACACUGAUCGGGGCUGUUCUUAUGGUCGAUUUCAUCGUUCUCAAAGGAAAGACCAAUUAUAUGGAGGGGGCUAUCUUAUGUGCCUGCUUUGCAGCUAUCUCUGUUGGCGCAUACUUGUUGCCACUCGUUUGA